AUGGAUAAGGGCCGUAUGAGGCUGGAUAAGGGCCGUGGGGGGAUGGAUAAGGGCCGUGGGGGGAUGGAUAAGGGCCGUAUGAGGCUGGAUAAGGGCCGUAUGAGGCUGGAUAAGGGCCGUAUGAGGCUGGAUAAGGGCCUCUCGGGUAAUGAGCAAAUUAAGUCCAAGUCUGAUUGUCUUAGGCUUAAACCCGGUCGAUUUAUUCAGCACUUACAAGAGGCCGUCCCGACCUCGGUAAAGACUCCCCCCGACCUCGGUAAAGACUCCCCCGACCUCGGUAAAGACUCCCCCGACCUCGGUAAAGACUCCCCCGACCUCGGUAAAGACUCCCCCCGACCCCAACUCCCCCCGACCUCGGUAAAGACUCCCCCGACCUCGGUAAAGACUCCCCCGACCUCGGUAAAGACUCCCCCCGACCUCGGUAAAGACUCCCCCGACCUCGGUAAAGACUCCCCCGACCUCGGUAAAGACUCCCCCGACCUCGGUAAAGACUCCCCCGACCUCGGUAAAGACUCCCCCGACCUCGGUAAAGACUCCCCGACCUCAGUAAAGACUCUCCCCGACCUCAUAAAGACUCCCCCGACCUCAGUAAAGACUCCCCCGACCUCGGUAAAGACUCUCCCCGACCUCGGUAAAGACUCCCCGACCCCGGUAAAAGACUCCCCCGACCCCGGUAAAGACUCCCCCGACCUCGGUAAAGACUCCCCCGACCCCAGUAAAGACUCCCCCCGACCUCGUAAAGACUCCCCGACCUCAGUAAAGACUCCCCCGACCUCGGUAAAGACUCUCCCCGACCUCAGUAAAGACUCCCCCGACCUCAGUAAAGACUCCCCCGACCCCAGUAAAGACUCCCCCGACCUCGGUAAAGACUCUCCCCGACCUCGUAAAGACUCCUUCGACCUCAGUAAAGACUCCCCCGACCUCAGUAAAGACUCCCCCGACCUCAGUAAAGACUCCCCCGACCUCAGUAAAGACUCUCCCCGACCUCAUAAAGACUCCCCCGACCCCAGUAAAGACUCCCCCGACCCCAGUAAAGACUCCCCCGACCCCAGUAAAGACUCCCCCGACCCCAGUAAAGACUCCCCCGACCCCAGUAAAGACUCCCCCGACCCCAGUAAAGACUCCCCCGACCUCAGUAAAGACUCCCCCCCGACCCCAGUAAAGACUCUCCCCGACCCCAGUAAAGACUCCCCGACCCCAGUAAAGACUCCCCCGACCUCAGUAAAGACUCCCCCGACCUCAGUAAAAGGUGCAGGUUCAACCAAUGUAGUUGGUUUCGAGAGGUCUACUUGCCAGGGGCCAGCCAUGCUAGUCUGGUGA